GGGAUAGGCCUGUGCGCAGGCGCGCGAGGGGCCAUGCUGGGUUGCGUGGCCUAAGGCCGCAUGGCUCCGCCCUCCUAUCCCCGACUAUGUAAAACCCCCUGGGGCCGGGGGUCCCAGCGUUUCACUCGGCUCCCGGGGCCACGGAUAGAGCCCUUGCAGAGGCGGAGGUGCGUCCGCUCCUCAUCAUGGUGAUGCUGACCUCUCCUUUUCUCAGAUUUCUCAUAGCCCUUUGCCUGGACGGCUCCAUUGCAUAGCCACCAUCCUCCCUGAACAGAGGUUUCUCUCGGAAAAGUCACACAUUCUUGCCCAAGAUUUUCUUCCGCAAGAUGUCAUCCUCAGCUGCCAAGGACAAGCCUGAACUACAGUUCCCAUUCCUGAUGGACGAGGAGACUGUGAACACAUUUCGUGAGUGCAAGACUCUCUUUGUCCUACGGGGGCUACCGGGCAGUGGGAAGUCUACGCUGGCCCGAGCCAUCGUGGAUAGGUAUCGUGAUGGCACCAAGAUGGUGUCUGCUGAUGCCUACAAGAUAAAUCCAGGCUCCCAGGCUGCCUACCAUGAGGAAUACAAGCAGCUGGACGAGGACCUGGACAUCUCCUGCCGCCGUGAUGUUAGAGUCCUAGUACUGGAUGACACCCACCAUGAGCGUGACCGCCUGGAGAAGAUCUUCGACAUCGCUGACCAGUACCAGUACAUGGUGGUGCUGGUGGAGCCUAAGACAUCAUGGCGGCUGGACUGCAAUCUGCUUAAGGAGAAGAACCAAUGGCAGCUGACUGCUGAUGACUUGAAGAAGCUGAAACCUGGAGUGGAGAAGGACUUUCUGCCGCUCUACUUUGGCUGGUUCCUGAGCAAGAAGGGUUCUGAGAACUUGCAGAAGGUUGGACAGACCUUUCUGGAUGAGCUGAGCAGCCACAAGGCCUUCAAGAAGGAGAUAAAGCACUUUGGGUCUGGGGAUGAACCUAAGGAGAAGAUUGCCUUGGCUUCGUACUUUGUGAAGAGGCCUCCGGGAGUGCUGCACUGCACCACCAAGUUCUGUGACUAUGGGAAGGCCGAAGGGGCCAAUGAGUAUGCCCAGCAGGAUGUGGUCAAGAAAUCCUACUCUAAGGCCUUCACCCUGACUGUCUCUGCACUGUUUGUGACACCGAAGACGAUGGGUGCCCGGGUGGAGUUGAGUGAACAGCAGCUGCCGCUGUGGCCAGCGGACGUGGACAAGGUGACGCCUAGUGACAACCUGCCCCGAGGCAGCCGUGCCCACAUCACACUGGGCUGUGCAGCAGGUAUAGAGCCUGUGCAGACCGGUAUUGACCUGCUGGAAAUGGUUCGGCAAGAGAAGGGGGGAAGUCAAGGAGAGGAGGUGAGCGAGCUAAGUCGGGGCAAGCUCUACUCCUUUGGCAAUGGGCAGUGGAUGCUGCGUCUGGCCAAAAAGCUAGAGUUUAGGGCCAUCUUCACAGGAUACUAUGGGAAAGGCCACACUGUGCCCACGCACAGCAGCCGAAAGGGAGGUGCCUUGUUAUCUUGUACCAUCAUCUAGACAAUGGGCUACCCUUUCAAACUAUUCACCCCUGCUUCCUCACGUUGGGGUGAGUAGGAGACACUGCCCUCCACUUGACUUUUUUAUGCCAUUAACUCACCUAUAACUUUUCAAAACUUGUAAAAUAACUUCCCCCUUCCAACCUAACACCUUAUGCUCUAAGUCAGAAGGAACAUUUGGGAAACAGGACCAAAGUCCUAGGACUCAGGACAUUUUACCUCCCCCCCUCCCCCAUUACUCACCGAGUCUCUAGCAACAGCACUGCUUGGUUCUUUUAGCCCCAAGGUGCUCCACUUCCCUUGGUGUACUCUGCAGAGAAGGCAUGGAGCACUUCCACAAGAGAUGUGUUUAGAUAGACAGGGAGAGAAAGAGACCCCUCUUUUCUCCCUCUCCCCACCCCCACCCAUUUACCUUCUUUGUUAAUCUAGGAAGCCUAGAGGUGGCUGCAAGGUUCCCUUCCUAGGAGUCUAGCUCUUCAUUCUCCUCUUCCCCUCUACCUUUUUUUUUUUUGGGUGGAGGGGAAGAGGGAGAAAUCUUCAUGAUGAAACUGAUAGGAGGAAAAUAGGGGGACUCUAGAAGAAUUGUAUUGUUGACUGACUAGGAAAAUGCACAACAGUAAAACAGCCGCCCCACCCCUUACAGGAGCAUCGCCCCAUCCAGAGGGUGGGGCCUCAGGCAGAGAUUCACCCCAUUCUAGUGAUGUACUCUCCCUGUAUAGAUGGGGAAAUUCAGGCCCAAAGGGUUUGGAAAGCCUGCCACGAUUGCUGUAUAUCCAUGGGGAAGGCUGGGGCUUGCUGUCCCAACCAAGCUCCCCUGCCACGAGGCUGGUAAAGGCCUCCCUUCAUCUGCCUUCCUCUCUAAGGGGGUUUUAACACUGCUUUGCAUACUUCAUUUCCUCUCUCACAUGCCUUGGUGUCAUGCUUUGACUCUGGCCUGGCUCCUGUGCAGCAUGGGACCUUACUCAUCAUGUUGUUUCUCAACAAGUGCUUGGGAUUUGAGUUAAACAUCCUGGUUUUGCCCCAUCCCUCAAAUUGUAAGACCGUUAAUGAAAUAAAUCUCAAUAAUCUUAA